ACAUGAGAAUAGAAACAAGACAGUGGCUUCCCAUGACCUACUGUGUGGGUUACCUUUUGACCCAUUGGUUUGGCUCACAUUUUUGUGGGCAGUAUACUGACCACUACAGCACGUACACAUUCAGUCAUGUGGGUAUAUUACACACAUACACACACACACACACACACGCACACAUAGAUGUGGGACUGUGGGAGAAAAAAUGCCAGAGAGAGGCAAAAUAAAGAGAAUCAAAAAGUGUGAUGUUGCCGCUGAAUGUACAUUGAUGAUUGGACAGUCUGGAAUUCCACUGAAGCGGUUUCCCACAGUUUACAGAGAGCGGGGCGCUCGUAAUGAACACACAGGAUGUAGAGGUUUAUUGGGAAUGCUGAAAUAGACCCAAAGGAAUUCUACUUCUGCACUCCGUCACUGGGUUUUGAUUUUUGAAGCUAAAAGCAGAUUUUAAUCACCGUUCCCAAUACAAACAGAAGGGAAUAUAUAAUUAAAUUGUUAUUUUGAAAGGUGAAGGACAUGCAUGUGGCACUUCUGCAGUUUCUUCAGUGAUUCUUCAUAUUUGAAAAUGUUACUAAUCAAGAACGUCAGUGGAUUCUGUUAUCUGUCUAAUGCUGAAAUUAGGACUAAAUGCUUUAAGCUACAUUCCGUUUGAUCAAAUAAGAUGGAAGCAAGAUUUUGUAAACCAGCAUGAAGAUUGCUGUAUUCCUCAUUUAUAGCCAAUGAGUGGAAAAGAACAGACAGAAUUCCUCUGUGCUCUGCACUAUCUCAAGACUCCAACGGGAACAUAACAAAGGGUUGUAGAAGAUGGUGACUUGCCAGUGUGCGCACACUCAAUCACUCACAGCUGGAUGUUUGGAUAACAGGAUGUGUUAGCUUCACUGUAUUCACAGUUCAGACUUGAACUGCCUCAGUUGAAAUUAUGAAUCAAAGGAGACCUGUUCUGGAGGAUGGAAAUCAAUCAAAAUAUCACACGAUUGAAAAGAGAAACAGAAGUAAAGACAAUCUAUUGAUGAACGAAGACUUUGGUGAGGACUGUUAUGGCAGUUAUGGACACUACUAUGGUGAGAACCUGACCCGACAGGCGUUACCCAAGAGCAGAAGGCAGGCGGUGCGAGGGGCAGCCUACAUGUUCAAUGCCCAUCCCAACAGCCUAACCCCUGUAGAGGAACGCUUCCUUGAUGCCGCCGAGUAUGGAAACAUACCUGUGGUGCGUCGAAUGCUUGAGGAGAUCCCUGCGCUGGAUGUAAACUGUGUGGACUACAUGGGCCAGAAUGCAUUGCAGUUGGCGGUGGCAAAUGAGCACUUAGAAGUAACAGAGCUCUUGUUGAAGAAAGACAACCUGUCACGUAUUGGCGAUGCACUUUUGUUGGCCAUCAGCAAAGGUUACACCAGAAUUGUCGAGGCCAUUUUGACCCACAAAGCUUUUGCCGACUCCAAGAGACUUACAGCGAGUCCUAGUCAGGCUCCAAUGCAUGAUGACUUUUUUGCAUACGAUGAAGAUGGCACACGCUUUUCACAUGACGUCACUCCAAUCAUUCUAGCAUCUCAUUGUCACGAAUAUGAAAUCGUGCACAUUCUUCUGGGAAAGGGUGCUCGCAUUGAGCAGCCACAUGACUACUUUUGUACCUGUGACACCUGCAAUUACCAUCAAAAGUACGAUUCUUUCUCCCACUCUCGCUCACGUAUCAAUGCCUACAGGGGACUGGCCAGUCCAGCGUACCUCUCUCUAUCCAAUGAGGAUCCUGUGUUGGCAGCCCUUGAGCUCAGCAAUGAGCUGGCUUCCUUGGCCAAUAUUGAAAAAGAAUUUAAGAAUGAAUAUAGGAAGCUUUCUAUGCAAUGCAAAGACUUUGUUGUGGGACUUCUGGACCUUUGUCGGAGCACAGAGGAAGUGGAAGCCAUUCUGAGCGGUGAAGAUGAUGAGACUUUAGAAGUGCCUGGUCGACCAAGUCUCAUUCGCUUAAAACUCGCAAUAAAGUACGAACUGAAAAAGUUUGUGGCCCAUCCUAACUGUCAACAACAGCUCUUAUCUAUAUGGUACGAAAACCUGCCCGAACUCAGGCAGCAGACCACCGCCAUUAAGUUCCUAGUGGUUUUAGGUGUUGCAGUCGGACUUCCCUUUCUAGCAAUGGUUUAUUGGGUGGCACCAUGCAGCAAGAUGGGAAAGAUCAUGCGUGGCCCUUUCCUUAAGUUUGUGGCACACGCGGCCUCCUUCACUAUUUUCCUUGGCCUUUUGGUCUUAAAUACUGCGGAUCGCUUUGAUGGGACAAAGCUGCUUCCAAAUAUGACCAUUCAUGACUAUCCAACACAGCUGUUUCGUAUGAAAACAACUCCCUUUACGUGGAUGGAAAUACUCAUCAUUUCCUGGGCCAUAGGGAUGAUUUGGGCAGAAUGCAAGGAGAUCUGGUCCCAAGGUCCAAGAGAAUAUCUGGUGGAGCCUUGGAAUUUGCUAGACUUUGGAAUGCUGGCCAUUUUUGUGGCAUCCUUCAUCUCAAGGAUAAUGGCUUUCUGGCAUGCAUGUGCAGCUCAACGCUAUGUGGAUGAGCACUACACUGAUUUGACCAAUGUAACUUUGCCUUUUGAGGUGGGAUACUUCCAGUUGGCUCGGAUCGACUGGCUCCCAUCGGAUCCUCAGUUAGUUUCUGAGGGCUUGUACGCCAUUGCAGUGGUCCUGAGCUUUUCUCGAAUUGCGUACAUCCUGCCAGCGAAUGAGAGCUUUGGUCCACUGCAGAUAUCUUUGGGACGAACUGUGAAGGACAUCUUCAAGUUCAUGAUUAUCUUCAUUCUAGUCUUCCUUGCCUUCAUGAUUGGAAUGUUCAACCUUUACUCAUAUUACCGGGGCGCUAAACAGAAUGAAGCUUUCACAACUGUAGAGGAAAGCUUCAAAACAUUGUUUUGGGCAAUAUUUGGCCUUUCUGAGGUCAAAUCAGUAGUCGUGAACAAUGGACACAAGUUCAUCGAGAACAUUGGCUAUGUUCUCUAUGGAGUUUACAAUGUCACAGUGGUCAUCGUCCUGCUCAACAUGCUCAUCGCUAUGAUUAACAAUUCCUUUCAGGAGAUUGAGGAUGAUGCAGAUGUUGAGUGGAAGUUUGCCCGGGCCAAGCUCUGGUUCACCUACUUCGAGGAGGGCCGGACUCUCCCUGUGCCUUUUAACUUGGUUCCCAGUCCCAAAUCUGUUCUGGGUCUGGUUAUGGGGGCUAAGGGUCUUUUGCAGGAGAUUUUCAAAAGACACAAAGCCAUUAUAAAGGGGUCUGAGCUCAGUGAGUUGGGAAAGAGCAAAACUUGCCAGGACAAAUCUCCUCCUAGCCCCAGUCGAUAUCAGAAAAUUAUGAAGCGUCUUGUUAAGCGAUACAUCAUCAAAGCCCAAAAUGACAAAGAAUGUGAUGAAGUCAAUGAAGGUGAACUGAAGGAGAUUAAGCAGGACAUUUCAAGUCUUCGUUAUGAGCUGCUGGAGGAAAAGUCACACAACAUGGAGGAGCUGGCAAAGCUAGUGAGGACACUUCAAAAAAACCUCUCUCAGGACUGCUUGAUACUAAAGUCUCAUUAAAGAAGUCAGGCGACUGUGAUUUUUAUUUUAAAGAAGCAUAUAAUUAACAUAUUUAUCAAGCAAGACAAUUUGCACAAGGACUACUACUCUGCCUUGGCCUGCUGGGUUAACAGAACACAGAACAGCUGUUGAGCUUUCCAUGACUGUGAAGAAACAUUGUGUGUUUCUGUUUUGGUGAUACAUUAUUGAGAUAUAUAUAUGCACAAAUUACUGUUAAGAAUUUUUUAUUUAAUUUUUUCGGUAAGUACUCUAAUAAUUCACAUACACCGAAAAUUUUACUUGAGGGAUUAAAAUUUAUAGAAAACAAAAACAAAAAAACAACUGUUUUAGUUUGCAUGUAGUAAAUGUUAAAUAUUUAGUGAAACAAAUUACAAAUUAUAAAUCCUAAUUCUUUUACAUUUUUAUUUUACUAUUGUAUUUUUUGUACAUAUAUAUAUAUAUAUAUAUUGUGUGUGUGUGUAAUUUGUCUAGAAAAAAAUAUAAACCUACAGAAUUAAAUAAGGUAAUAUUGCUUGGUAAAAAAUAAAUGUUCAAUUGAAUUUCAAAUGUCAUGAUCACAUUAUCAGAUAUAUCGACAUCAUCCCUCAGUUACAGAAAGUUCUGUUGGAACACAUUAUUAAUUUUUCUUUGUUUCAAGAUCAACUGUAUUGCAAAAGCCUACUUUUUCAGCAUGUCAGCUUCCUUUUUUAUUUUUAUUUUACGUGUAAUCAGUUCAAAAAGUUGCAGUUAAGCUGAACAAAGCACAAGAGGAAUUCAGGAACAUUUACAGCACGCAGCUUUAAAGUGUCACAAUCACGGUUUUUGAAAUCCAUCACAAAACAUUCCAGAAAGUCUGACUCUGCUGACACAAUAACACAUGCUGCCGAGUUGACGAAGCCUUUUGAUCGAACCUGUCCAAGUCUAAAAAAAUAAGCUUGUCAUUAAAUCCUGGGAAGAUUU